AUGACGACAAGCAGGUCACUGAACCCUAGCGUCGCGUGGAACGACGGAGCUCCCCUCCAAGCCUCGGGUUGUCUCGAGGAAGCUAACGGCGGCGAGGCGCAAUGCGGCGAGCUCGAGGCUUUAGACAUGGAAUCCCUCCAGAGGUGGGGCGUCUGCACAGAUUGCAAGACUUUCACUCAGUGGUGGAAUACCCUCCAACUUAUCAGCUUGCUCUCAUCUUCUCAGGAUAGUUCAUCUUGGAUUGGGAGGAAACAAACUACAAGGACAAUUACUUCUCUAGUGAACCUGCAUAAGCUAGAGCGAUUCAGUGUUGCUUUCAACCGUCUUGGGAGCAAAGGGAGAAUCGGUCAAGACUUGAGCUUUCUCUGCGACUUGACUAAUGCUACAAGUUUAUACAUCCUGCAACUUCAAGUAAACAGCUUUGGGGAGAUAUUACCUCAAUGCACAACUAACUUGUCAUCUUCUCUUAAUUACUUCUAUGUACCAGUUAAUAAGAUACAUGGAAGUGUCCCAUAUGGGUUUGGCAAUCUGGCUAAGCUGGAGAGUCUAUGGUUGUCUGAGAAUCAAUUUUCAGGUAUUAUCCCAUCUGAUGUAGGAAAGCUUCCAAACUUGUAUGAGUUAUACAUGAAAAUGAGUUUGUACUCUGGGAACAUUCCAGCCUCUAUUGGAAAUUUGAGUCGAUUAACUGAACUUUAUUUAGAAGAAAACAGACUUGAAGGAAACCCUGAGCAAGACGCGACCUCCCUCGCCGCCAUGAAGCUCGCGCGACAACCCGAGGCCCCAGCGUUUUCCUCCGCCGUCCAAUCUCCGUCUCCGGCAACAAGUCUUUGGUUUAUCAUCUUCAUAUCUGGUUUUGGAUUUAUCUCAAAAUCAAUUAACUGGUUCUGUGCCAAAGGAAGUCGGCAAUUUAAUAAAUCUGGAGUACUUGAUGUUUCUGAAAACAUGUUAUUUGGUGAAAUUCCGGGUACCCUUGGUAGCUGUGUAAAGCUUGAAUAUCUUAACAUGCAAGGGAACUUCCUCCGGGGGCCAAUUCCGUCCUCUUUGGCUUCUCUAAGAGGCAUUCAAGAAUUGUAUCUCUCUCGAAACAACCUAGCUAACAGGUACAAUUCCAGAGUUUCUGGAGCAUUUUGCAUUUCUGCAGCUUUGAACCUAUCUUAUAACAAUUUGGAGGGAAUGACACCAAGUGAAGGUGUGUUUAAGAAUGCCACUGGUACAUCUUUAAAAGGAAACAUGAAACUGUGCGGCAGCAUACCUGACUUUCAGUUGCCACCAUGCAAAAUCCAACAUCCCAAACGGUAA